CAUCUUUAGAAACAGCCAGCUACUAACCCCCCGACACCACAGGAGAAGCCCCCUCCCAAAUGCUCACAGCCUUCUUCGGCUACGUUACGGAGCUUACAUGUCUCGUCCUCCUCUUUGCUACCUUUUUCCUCAUCCCGUCGCCGGCACCCGUCUGUACUUGCGAGUGUAAAUGUGGUCGCAAGUACCGCAUUCCGGCGGUCUUCCCAAGCCACCGAGACGCUCCCAUAAAGCAAUCGACCACCGCCGAUUCAGAAAACUUUAAAUCCGUUACCGAGAAGGAACUCGAACAACCUGCCAAAGCUCCCGAAGAGCAGUCGUCUCACCCGAUCGAGCAGCAACAGCAGGGAAGACUCAAACCCGUCAUCGUGGCGGAAACUCCCCAGCCCAUUAUUCAGUCUAGUGAAAAUGUCGAAACGACAGAUACUAAACCUAUCGAAUUCCAAAAAUCUACUAAAUCUAUUGAACCAAUCGAAACCCCUGGCAAGGAAGAGUCACUUGUUACACCUGUCCCUAGCGGAUGGGAUGCCUCCGCACCUAUUGAGAGACAAACCCACAAUGAUCGAUCUGUUGGUAGAAGCAUUGGAGACUGGCAAGUUGAGCGGGAGGUCAAUGAGAAGACUGUUGAAAACAACUACGACGGUCGGUACAUUGAGCCUUUCAAGUCUCCUACCAGCAGAAUCCUUGACUCUUGGGAUGAAUCCACUUCAAGCCACAGGGCUGUGGAGGACAGCCGAGACGGGGAGAGCCUUGAGCCCUCUAGGUCUCCGGCUAAAAGUGAAACCCGGUCAGAAAUUUCUCGUCCCGCUUUCAACGGUCGACCCCUUCCUCCUCAUCAAGUCCGCUCAACCGAUACUUUCGACCAUGGUUAUGACUACCGAUCCUCGAUCGAAACUUCUAGCUAUGCCUCCAAGCGAAAGACUGAACUUCCUGUCUGCAAGCCUUGCAACAAGCAAUUCAAGUCGCCAGCUGCUCUCCAACAGCAUACCCAAGCUGUUCACUCGGCACCUUUAUUCAGCAAACAAUCCAGGAGUCGCGUGUCCAGCCCCGAAAUCUCGACGCAUCCUCCCGCUCCAGGAUCUGUGACAUCGUCUGCAGGACGCCCCAAGUCUUCAUUCGAUGAUGGAUUCCAUUCUCCCUACAUGUGCGAGAUCUGCAAUGAAGACUAUCACAGCGCAUACGAUCUGCGACAGCACAAAAUGGAAAAGCACCCUUGGGCUAUGCUCUGUCCCGAAUGUCUGGUCACUUUCACUCAUGCCCAUGAGGCGCGCGAUCACUAUGAGUUGGUACACGGCUCUGAACCUGCUAGCUUUACUCGUACUCAGCGCAUGUUGGACACCAUCCACUCAUCUGCUCCCUCUCCCAGGGCCCCAUCGGCCUCCGAUUCAGCUUCAAACUAUGCCGAGUCAAACUAUGCUACACGUGCUGCCAAACCGCCUCAAUAUCAAAUCUUGGCGAGUUACGAUAGCCAUGUUGUCCAGGCGGAGCAUCGUUGUCAGCAGUGUGAUAUGGUAUUCCCGAAUGCCAUGGACCUCAGAGCUCAUGUUAACAGUCCUUUCUCUCACGGCGGCGAAAAACUGACCCCAGACAACUUUCCUCCUCUCGGCUCUACUUCCAUCGCUCCCUCUUCCUCCGAGUCUGUCUCUCAACACAAGCCAAUCACCCCUUACGCAUCCUACUCUCAGCCCGCUUGGGACACUUCCAUGCCCAGCUUCGUUCUCGCUGCCCGUCCCGCUUCAAACCGUCAACAGUUCAAAAGCGCAAUAUCCCCCGAAGCCAAGCUCACGCCGGAUGAUAACCCCGCCGAGACUGAGGCAGAAGAGGCUGUGCCGAAAUUGGUAGAGGCGAAGGCUGUGAUGGAAAAUGUUCCAGCUAUUGAGCACGAGGAUGUAGCCCGGGAGGCUGAGGAAGUGGCUGAAGAUAAGAACACGGAACAUGAGCGGGAGAGACCAGUCGAGUUGGAAACGGAGACGGAGAUCGAGCAGGUGCACGAGCAAGAGCAGAGGUUUGAGCACGGGCCGGGCCUUGAGUCUGAUUAUGUGGCUACGCUCGAACCGGUGGUUGCCGAUGAACACCAUGGAGAGGUGGAAAAGUUUGAAGCCGCCGAGGCACCCGCUGCGCCGGAGCCUAUAAUGAAGGAUCGGACUCCCCAGGCACCUAUUCCAGAGGCCAUUCAGGAUGAGCAAAAUGGUCAAAUUGGUCAAAUCGAACAGGCCGAACAAGUCCAUAACCAUGCCGAAUCUUCAGCAAGUGCAGUUAUCACUGGCUCUGAAACUUCCUCAGAACCGGCUCCUCGAGACAAUACCUUCAAGCACAAACACCCUCUUCCCCCUCAGUCCAAAGCAGCAAAGAAAGCAAUAGCGAGGCAGUUGUACAAAAAUGCGCCAAAGCAACCUAAGCAACCUAAAAAGCUGAAGGCCAAGCAGAAGACGCAGGAGCUCUUUGAAAGUGACGAAGACGUCGACUUUGAGCUUCCUUCCGACUUUGAACAGCUUACCGGCCAGGCUUCUGAGUUUGGCGUGUCUGUCACUUUCAUCGACGAAGCGAGCAGGCCUUUGAAGAAGGAGAUAAAUGCUCAGGACGACUUGACUUCUAGCAAUAGCCUUCCCAAGAGUCUCUACUCAACUGCAAGAGCCAAGCUUGACCUUCCUCCCGCCACCUAUCAAUAUGAAAGCGAUGAGGAGGAAGCUCCCGGAGUUGUUGUUGAGAAGGAAGUUACCGCGAUGGCUCCUGAACCCUCUACCGCAGCGUUUGACGAGGAAGUCAUCGAGAUCAGGCGUACCAUAUAUAUUCCUCGUGAUGAUUACUCCGAUGAUGAGGAGAAGCCAGAAGUUGAUGAAGCUUCCGCGGAGAAACAAACUCCUGUAAUCCAGUCCAGUCAGUCCAAGGAUGCCACCCAAGAAGAGGAACGGGAGAAGGAUGCCCAAACGCCUUUUACUGAGCCUACACUCUCGAGCACGUUCGAAGCUCCGAUCGUCACGGAUAUGUCUGAGAUGGUUGAGAGUCUUUUCGUAACAGACGCCAAUCCCGUCGACAUCGCCAGCCCUGAGCCCUCAGUCGUUGCUGCUACUUAUGGGCACCUUCCUGAAAAUGCCCAUUCCUCUAACACGGUAGACGAGGAACCUUCUGGGCCGUUUUCAGGCUUGCAGCAAGACCAGCACGUUUCAGAAACUACAAUGCCAUCCAACGCUGUUGAGAUUAUCCGGCCUGCUGAGGUAGUAGAGGGAACCGAGGCAGUUGAUGAAGUAACGGCAGAACAAACUCCUGUGCCCUCUGAUCCUGCUUUUGCCGAGAUAGACGCUGAAAAUGAUAUGAAGGUUGAAGCUACUCCUCCCUCGGAGGCGACCGCUCAACCUUUGGAAGCGUUCAGCGGCACUGAGCAUGAUGACCUGAUUGGUGAAAUCACUGAAGCAAACAUUUCACGGGACAUCAAUGGUGAAGCCGAAAGUCAGACUUCACCGGAAUCGGAAGCGGCCGCCGCCCAACCUGUGGAAGCCAUCAGUGGUACUGAGCAGGAGGGGCUGAUUGAUGAAACCACUGAGGCAGACACCUCACGGGAGAUUGAUGGCAAUGCCGAGGGGAAGGCUCCACCGGAACUUUCUCAAGCCGACUCCUCUUUCACACCUGCCGCUCCUCUACGGUCCCUCUCACAAUCUUCUGACGUUCCAGAUCCAAAGGAUGAGUUUGUCCAGCCCAUCCACACUCACGAUCAGGCACCCGACCUGGUCGACGCGCUUCAGUCUAGUCAUCCGUACAAUUCUGAGCGCGAUGCUGUCGCUCACAGCCCAGAACAACUGGCUGAAUCGGUGCAAAUAGCUUCUUCUGCACCACCAGUGAUGGAAGGUGCUGGCGCCGAAGCUGCACGCGAGGAGGAGCUGGCGGCGAUUGAAGCGGAAGAGGCAGCCCGUGCUGCUCAGGCUCUGGCUGAGGCUGAAGCGGAGUUUGCUGCUGCUGCCGUCGCCCCUGUUAUCACGGAUGAUGAACCGUCCAUGAUCGGUAACAUUGAGUUUUCCGUUCCCUCGUUCGCCUUCUCCGAAUCGAAUACUGCCAUCAUCGCCAACACUCCUCUCUCACUUUCUACCAAUGAAGAGCAUGAAGAAGGACAAGUCGAGGCCCGCACAGCCGAGUCUGAGCAACCCCUUCCUUCCAUCGCCCCUGCCGACGAUGACCAUUGGGCAGAGUCCGAAGAGGUGUAUCGCAUCGCCAUUGCCAACCGUGCUCGUCCUCCUCUCAACCUUGCACCCAUAAGGGAUAGGGACAGUUACGAAGACGACUCUCGUUCGUUCAGAUUCCCUCCCAACAGAAGGACAAACAACCACGGUCCCACUAGGAAGCGCAAUUCUACAGGGUCUAACGGCUGGGGUCCGAAACCCAUCCCAAGGCCAUUCAAGAACUCGACAAACGCUCUGGAGAAGAUGCGUUCUGCUCGGUCUGAGGUUGAGGACGAGAGAGCAAAGGACCGUGAGAGGAGGAAAGGGGUCACUUCGGUUAGGAGUUCAAGCUUCAAUGGUGUAGACGAGUCUGGUUGGAUUUCGAUGGACUCAAAGUCGCACCAUUAUGAUCGUUAUGAAGGUAGUGCGAGUAGGUACGGAGAUGAUGGUGAUAGCGGAUGGAGCCCGAACGAUAGGCAGGGAUGGGGUGACAAUAGAAGGGCGUCAUUCUCCAAUUCAAUGACGAUGUCCCCGCCACAGAACAAUAACUGGGGUUCACUUCCAGGUGUGGCAGACGGAGACACUGGUGGCUGGUGAUAAAGGGGAUGGGAGGAGCGCGUGGGGACAGCAAUUCAUAUAAGAUGUACAUAUAGUAGCAAAUCAAACUCCAUUUCGUAUGUUGAGAACAUGUAUAAGAAGUAAUA